CGCGCGGGCGCGCGCUGUUUCCGGAAGUCGCCGCCGCGGUCUCCGCCGCUGUUACCUCCGCUGCUACUGCGGUCCCCGUGGAACUUUGCGAGUAGAACGGCUGAGGCGGGCCCGGGUGGGGCCGGGGUUCCGGCCACUCUGCAGAAUGGAGAUAAUCAGGAGCAAUUUUAAGAGUAAUCUUCACAAAGUGUACCAGGCCAUAGAGGAGGCCGACUUCUUCGCCAUCGAUGGGGAGUUUUCAGGAAUCAGUGAUGGACCUUCAGUCACGGCAUUGACAAAUGGUUUUGACACUCCAGAAGAAAGGUAUCAGAAGCUUAAAAAGCAUUCCAUGGACUUUUUGCUGUUUCAGUUUGGCCUUUGCACUUUUAAGUAUGACCACACAGAUUCAAAGUAUGUAACAAAGUCAUUUAACUUCUAUGUAUUCCCGAAACCCUUCAAUAGAUCCUCACCAGAUGUCAAGUUUGUUUGUCAGAGCUCAAGCAUUGACUUUCUAGCAAGCCAAGGAUUUGAUUUUAAUAAAGUUUUCCGCAAUGGAAUCCCAUAUUUAAAUCAGGAAGAGGAAAGACAGUUAAGAGAACAGUAUGAUGAAAAACGUCUGCAGUCCAAUGGCGCAGGAACUCUGUCUUAUGUAUCACCAAAUACUUCCAAAUGUCCUGUGACAAUUCCUGAAGACCAGAAGAAGUUUAUUGACCAAGUGGUAGAGAAAAUAGAAGAUUUAUUACAAAGUGAAGAAAACAAGAACUUGGAUUUAGAGCCAUGUACUGGGUUCCAAAGAAAACUAAUUUAUCAGACUUUGAGCUGGAAGUAUCCCAAAGGCAUUCACGUUGACACUUUAGAAACUGAAAAGAAAGAGCGCUACAUCGUCAUCAGCAAAGUAAAUGAAGAAGAGCGUAAGAGGAAGGAGCAGCAGAAACUCGCUAAGGAACAGGAAGAACUGAAUGAUGCUGUGGGAUUUUCUAGAGUCAUUCAUGCCAUUGCCAAUUCGGGAAAACUCGUUAUUGGACACAACAUGCUCUUGGAUGUCAUGCACACUGUUCAUCAGUUCUGCUGCCCUCUGCCUGUGGACCUAAAUGAGUUUAAGGAGAUGACGACAUGUGUUUUCCCCAGACUCUUGGAUACAAAAUUGAUGGCCAGCACACAACCUUUUAAGGAUAUCAUUAACAACACAUCCCUUGCAGAAUUGGAAAAGCGGUUAAAAGAGACGCCUUUCAACCCUCCUAAAGUUGAAAGUGCAGAAGGCUUUCCAAGUUAUGACACAGCUACUGAACAGCUCCACGAGGCAGGCUAUGAUGCUUAUAUCACAGGGCUGUGCUUCAUCUCCAUGGCGAACUACCUAGGUUCUUUCCUUAGCCCUCCAAAAAUUCAUGUGUCUGCCAGAUCAAAACUCAUUGAACCUUUUUUUAACAAGUUAUUUCUUAUGAGAGUCAUGGAUAUCCCCUAUCUAAACUUGGAAGGACCAGACUUGCAACCGAAACGUGAUCAUGUUCUCCAUGUGACUUUCCCCAAAGAGUGGAAAACCAGCGACCUUUACCAGCUUUUUAGUGCCUUUGGUAACAUUCAGAUAUCCUGGAUUGAUGACACAUCAGCAUUUGUUUCUCUCAGCCAGCCCGAACAAGUGCAGAUUGCUGUCAAUACCAGCAAAUAUGCAGAAAGCUAUCGGAUCCAGACCUACGCCGAAUAUGUGGGGAAAAAACACAAGGAGAAGCAGAUCAAGAGAAAGUGGACAGAAGAUACUUGGCAGGAGGUUGAGAGAAAACGGUUAAACACUCAGUGCAUAUCCUAUGCUCUGCAGAAUCACUACUACCACACCAAUAGUCUUACAGCGACCAGUGCCGUAGGAAAGAGAAACCUGAGUCCCAGCCCAGCAGAAGCUGACUUGGAGGCCAGAAUAUCGGGGGAUAUUUCUGACCCUGAGCUCGAACAGACAGAGUCCUGUGCAGAACCCCUCUCCGAGGGAAGGAAAAAGGCCAAGAAAUUAAAAAGAAUGAAGAAGGACCUUUCACCAGCAGGAGGCAUCCCCGACAGCCCUGCCAAGCUCUUCGAGGUUCCCGACACGUGGUAACCGAGGCCUGAGGGAAACACGUCGCUGGUGCUGUGGCUGAGGCGGAAGCAGCCGGCACAUUCGGAAGCCAUACUGUAUUUAAUUUAAUAAAAUGUGGUAUGGGAGGUGUUGGAAACCAAGUGUGUGUCCUGGGGGGAAAAAACCACCACCACCACCCAGUUUUUAUUUUUGUGGCUGAGUCUCUUUUCUUCCCUUUUAAUGUAAACUGCUGCUGCUCAGCACGGUUGUAGGGGUCGUGAACGUGCACACUAUUAACCGGCUGAUCACUUGUCGCUUGCGUGCAGCCCUUCCUGUCGUGUAUUUUUGCGUGUUUCAGAAUCCACCCGGCGGGGAACGUGGGCUGUGAGCCCAGCAAACCGCCGACGUUCUCGGGCGCCGUGAUCAUGAGUUUGGGGUUGAAGUCUCUUCCGCUCCGAGGGGUUCUCUUCGGAUUCGGGGGUCUCCGCGGCCUGCGGCUCGUCUCCCGAUGGCUUGGAGAGCCCACUAGCGUCUGCCCGCUUCUUGCUGCGGCUUCCUGAAAAUACGGAGCGCUCAAGCCUGUGUUUCCAGAAGGAAACGGUCUCCCACUGUCCACCCGUGAAGGAGCUUCACCUCGCUUCUGCCUUGGCCUUGGGGCCGUAUUUACUUAGCGUCGUUUUUCCCCAAGAUGUGAGUUUCUCACGGCGGACUGUACGAGUACGAAAAGUUAUCUUCUGUUUUUACACAUAGUGCUGUGCCCCCUUCCUGUCUGAGUGUGUGUCUGGGGGUGAGGUGGCACGUGCAACCACAAAGGACGCGUACCAGCCCUUUUUCUGUUGACACCGAUCCCAACAGUGACAGAAUUUCACGGAUCUGCUUUCAGGAGAUCUGCUUCAUAGAGAUCAUUGUUAGAUAUUGAACAUUUUUUUGUAUCAUGGAUCAAUAAAAAAUGAAACAUGUAUUUCCAAAAGAUGAAAAUUA